AUGGCGCGAAAAUACAGCGUCAAAUCUAAAUGCAAUAUAUGGCCUGUGUACGUAUUUUUCAAUAUCCUGGAUUUAGCUGGAAUCAAUGUAUGGAUACUCUAUCGGGAAACAACUGGAAUGAAAAUAUCAAGACAGCGUUUCCUGUUACAAUUAACAGAUGAAUUAGUCACGGAGUAUCACGAAUUUCUUGAAGAAGGAAAGGAAAACCUACAACAAGAAACAUCAAGCAGCCCAAGCAAUAUUUUACAAUCACGAAGAAAAUGUCAAAUAAGAUUGUGCACGGGUAAUAAAACCAUUCAAACUUGCAUAAUUUGCAAAAAAUUUGUCUGCGGAAAAUGUAUAAACGAGAAACCAAUCAUAUGUAAAAAGUGCAAUUAAUUGGUUUUUUUUUUUAUUUAAAUAAAAAUACAUUUUUAAGUAUUUUACUAGAAAUCAGAAGUUAUGUUGCAAAUUAUUUCCUUUAAUAAAUUAAGAAUUUUUUUCUAAAAAUCAACGUUUAUUCAUAAGGAGUCAAAUGACUCCUUAUGGUAAGAUAGGUACAUAUAAAAUGCGGUACGUUUAGUGCUAUAUCAGAAAGAAGUCUAUCUAUGUUUUACGGAUUUACCACAACUUUUUUAAAUAUAUAAUAAGUUAAAAUUUUUAAUAUUUAAUAUUUAAUAUUUAUUUUAAGUUUAAAUUGUUAAUAUUUUUUUAUAUAAUAAGUUAAAAUUAUUAAUACAUUAAUACAUGCUUUUAUGUAUAAAUUUUCAACUGACAAAAUUUUCAAAUUUUAUGUAUUUUAUUAUAUAGAACAAUUUUAAUAUUAAAAUAUUAAAACUAUUAUAUUUCCACAUUUACAUAUUCUUUACAUUACAUGUUCAACUUUAUGUUAAAUUUUUAACAAUUUUAUUAUAACUAUGCAGUGCAUUGGUUAUAACAAAUAACAUAAAUUCUAUAAUCCAUUAGUUAAAAAUUACGCUUAUUAAUCAAAAUAUUAUUCGAAAUUAUAUUUUUGGAAAUCAAGGGAUAGAAGGGAAACGUAUAUUUUAUAAUUUCACAGAACUAUUGGAACAAGAUAGAUUCUUCACGAGGUGUUUCUUGACAUAAAAAUAUGUAUACUAUAUUUCUCUGAUUUGUACUUUAGUCCUUGGUCGAAUCCGCAGACGAUUUAUAGCGUGACAAAUUCCUAACAAAGUAUAUAAAGGAACAUAGGCUUCAGAUUUCCUAUUUAAAACAGACUUGUUGAAGUGCAUUCUAAGAGGAUUUUAUUAUGUCUCACGCUGUUUUAUUUGUCAAAAAAUGAAAAUAUGAAAAACAUAAUAUUUUAAACUUAACAUCAGGAAAAGGAUUUUUAACAAUUCUUUAAUUUCUUUUAUUAUUCGUCAAUCAUUUAAUUUCUUUUAUUAUUACUUUUAUUAUUACAAAAUUUCUUAUUCCUUGAAAUAUAUAUAUAUUCAUUUAUUUUUUAUAGAACAGUAUAA